AUUUUAUUUUGAAUUGAAAUAAAUAAUUAUUAUGGUAUAAUCUCUAUUCUCCGUUUAAUUAGGUACAGCCCAUAUCGCGACAUGUAUAUUUCCUUAAUUAUACUAUCUAUAAUAUUUUUCGGAGGAACGAUAUACUGCGAAGAUGUACAAAUUGAAUUCUCGGAAGAUGAUUUUAAAUGUACUCUGCCUGAUGUCAAAAGUGAAGAUGAUAAAUUAAAUGUAACAAGAUUCAGGUCUGACUUCUCCAAAAUAUCUGAGGUUAAAUUUCCAGGUGUGAUAGGUCCUCUGAAUGAGAGACUGAUAUGCAAGAUCAAGUGCAUUGACGGGAACUGGGUUGGGCCGCUCUGCUCCAGCACACCAGAUGGCCGGUUUCAGCCAAUUCUCCGUGAAUGUGUUUACCGCAAUGAUCACCCAUUGUUGGCUAUUUCUUUCAGAAAUUCCACCAUUGAGAAAGAGACACACUUCCCCCACGGCGCCACCAUAGUAGCGAGAUGCCACAGCUUCGGACUGUACAAGAUGAAGGGGGACGGAGCGCUCCGCUGCGAGAACGGCGAAUGGGCGCCGCGCUUCCCAGAGUGCGUGCCCACCACGCUCAUCACCAACUUCACCAGUGACGCGCCUCCAACGAUCCUUCACACAGUCGUCAGUGGCUCAGCAGUAGUGUCCGUAUCAGGCGAGCUAUUCGUAUACCCGGAUAGUUCUCUGCGGCUCGACUGCGUGUCGAAACGGGCCCUGGGAGACCCCGAGUGGGGCUGGACACAGGCGCUGGGACAACACACACAAGGCUGGUCCGAGGACGAUGGCGAGAAAGAGACGCACUACCGCCUGACGCUGAGCAAGAUGUCGGCGCGGCACAGCGACCAGUACAUCUGCGCGUCUCCCGCCGGACACACCAACACCGUGCAGAUAAAAGUUGUUAGUGUUAUAUGCCCACCGUUAAAGAUAUCAUCGCCGCGCGUACGACAGUUCGCCCAAGGGACAAGACUCGGGCAUUCUGUACACUUCAGCUGCCAGCCGGGCUUCCACCUCAACGGCUCGUCGAUCCUCGUCUGUGGAGCAGACGGAAAUUGGUCGUCCCUACCCCCAACGUGCGUCGAAACCUUCUGCCCGAUGCUCAACACACUGGGACCCCACCUGAGCGUGGUCGAGUACAACUCGUCGUACGGCGGGCGCGCCGUGUUCCAGUGCGCGUGGGGCUACCGGCUCGUGGGGCCGCCCGGGCUCGAGUGCGAACAGGACGGCGCGUGGAGCGGCGACACCCCGCGCUGCACGCCGAUAUACUGCCCCGACCCAAUAGUCCCAGCGAACGGGCGCCUGCUCACACAAUCGUCCGCCAAGCACGGCAAAUACCCGGUCGGCGACCUAGUGAUAUACUCAUGCGAGGACCAGUUCCAAAUGGUCGGGGAGUCCUCCAUAGUGUGCACGGAGAAUGGGUUCUGGUCGCACCCGCCGCCGUUCUGCCUGCAGCCCUCCGAGAUCAGGAAGACGGACACCAUUUAUAUUGAGAACACUACGCUCGUGCAUGUUGACGAGUAAGAUAUGAUGUGUCACCGAGGCUCGGAAAAAUGUUCAUUUGCCGGGUCCAGAGCGAGGCAAUUUCCUUGCGCGGCAAGCGUGCUAUGUAGACGUCUCUCGACCGAGGCAGUGCGUGCGUUUUGUUCGGGUGAGCAACAUUGAACGUUUACCUCGUGACCACAUUGCCUCGCGACGUGUCUAGCUUUGUGUGGACCCGGUUAUUUAGAUUUUUUUACCGGGUUCCGUACAAGACUCCUAUUUACAUGUGUCAAUGUUUAAAUAUACAUACACAGACUUUAGACUGUGUACGAAUAAAAUUCCGACUCAUAAAUGGGUCCUAAUGAAUGUUAUAAUUUCAAAAUGACGGACCUUUUUCGAGCCUUGACUAUCAAGUGCAGAGUACAAAGUAGACGCUCGGUAUUUUGGGGGCUCGAUAAUUCAUUACGCCCGGUAGGCAACAGACAGAACGGUUCUAUUUGAUAUAUAGUCUUUUCUUGUAUAAAGCAUUUAUUUCCCAUAAUCAGCAAUGUCAAAAAUUCGAUAAAAUAAUAAAAUUUGGGGUGUCUGACUACCGAGCGCCUCCUGUAGUGUAGACUGUGUAGAGGUGUAACAGUGCUAAAAAAAUAAAAUUUUGAAAAAACCCCCGACCCCGACAUAGUGGACCGAUUUUCAUGAAACAUGGCUAAGAACACUCCCGACUAACUCAGCUUUCAAACAAAAAAAACUAAAUCUAAA